CUUCUUGUGCCAAACGCUGAUGCGCAUUGGUUCCUCGUCGGUUUGGACCCUCCCUGAGCUCUUCCGGGUGUGGAUAACCCACAUUUCCUUCUGCCGACACGCAUUCCCAAGAAAACAUCCUGGAAAACGGACCGAGCUGCGUUUGAGUGCAAACCAUCGAAUGAAACCGAGCGCUCGAAGUGGAGGACAGAUAGUGCGCGAGAUACAGGACAUGUUUGGCGACCGACUGGGGGAACCGUGCUAUAUUUGAGAUGUCAGAGCAUCAUUUCCCAGCACCAUUCGUCAGCCAGCUGUUGUUCACGUUUUGAGUUACAGAACGCCGACAUUCUCUGUACUGACAUUAAGCAAGCAGUUUAAAUAGAGAAACAAUAUGUGGCUAUAUACUUUGGCUAUUGCUCUUGUUGUCAUUGCGCAUGAGGUGAACGGAGAGCCACAUACGCGUCCAUCCUCAGCGACGCCGCUCAAUUCAACAUUACCCCCUCAAGAAGAAAAUUCAUCACAUAAUGAAACAGAUUCAGCGGUUGGAUCGCGUAUUUCUACUAUUUUAAGGGAUCUUCCUACCAUCAAAGGCAUUUCGAUUUCCAUCUGCGUAUUAACAGUCUUGCUAAUCACGUGCCUUGUCAUAAAAAUAUUCAGAUCGGCAAAGAAGAUCAGAAAAACACGAAAGUAUGACAUCAUCACAACUCCUGCCGAGCGUGUAGAGAUGGCACCUUUAAAUGAAGACAAUGACGAAGAAGACGACUCGACUUUGUUCGAUGUCAAGUACAGGUGAAUUACAUUCUGCGCUCUGAGUCAGUGCUGAAGAUCUCUUUUUAACCCCCCCUGGAUACCUCUGUGUGAACACAUCUAUACAGGAAUUGUGCUCGGCUUGAAUCUUCAGUGGAAGCAAUGUUUUGUUUGUUUAUGUAUUAAUAUGUUUUGACAUUCCAAACCAGCAUGAAAUCUGAUGUUUUAUGAAAGCUUUUCUGUAGAAAGCACAUAAAGUUAAUCAAAAAGUGAUAAAAAAAUAAAAAAAUAAUAAUUUAACUUUUCUUUGCUCCAAAGAAGGGAGACACUUAAAGUUAAUCCUUCACAAAUGAAUUAUUGCUUUAUUUAUUGCACAACUUUUUAUGUUUUGCCCAAAAAAACAUUCCAGAUGUUUGGUAGAAAGUCAGUAAUUCAAUAAUAUAUUCAACAUUGCCCUUGAAUGUAUCAGGCAGCUUGAACAUUUCUGUUACAGUAUAUCACACUGAAGCUAUUUUAAGCAAUAUUUUUGAAAUGUAAUCAAUAUAAUUCCAGACAAUUAUUGAAAUUAUUGAUUUAACAUGGAGCUUACUUUAAGUGAUCUAGCUGUGCUUGAAUCAGCUCAAAGUUUCAAAUGAAAAGAAUAUAGAUAUAUUUGUGAUGGACAGAGAUUUUUUUUUCCCUGAAUCUGACUAUUGACUGAAACUGUCUUUAUUAUAUACUUGUGUCUGUAUAUACUGUAUGCAAAAUAUUCCUCUGAAAUAGUUUAUUUUUUAGACAGAAAAAAACAUAUUUUGAUUUAAUAAGAGUAAUAUGUUUCAAACCUCCCUAUAUUUUGAGAAUUAUUAAUCGACUAACCACUAAUUGUGCAUAUUUACUGUAUAAGGGUUGAAUGUAUGUGUAAGAGAGGAUGUGUGUGGAGGAGGGAUAAUAUUGUUGCCGUAUUGCUGCUCUCUGACGUUGGGGGUUGUUUUUUAUUGUGUCGCAUAUGCACACCUCCUUUUUUAAUUUAGUGGGUUUUACAGUGGAAAACUGCAGUGCCACACAUCAUGAAGGGUUUAAACGCAUAUAUAGCUAUCGUAUCAGAUAUAUUCAAUUAUAUUUCCCAGGUUUAGAGCAGCAUUGAAAGAACAUCUUAAAGCUACAGCGAUAUAUUGAUAAUAUAUUGUAUUAUAUGACUUUUCCUUAACACUUUUUGGUGCUCCUACUAGAUUUUAAUGUGAAGGAAUUAUGUUCAGCAUCUAAGGGCCAAUAAGAAUGUUUGUUGAAUUAUAAAUUGUUUAUGAUGUAGACGUUAUUGUCUGACUAGAAACUGAAGUAUGUGAUUCUCUCUCCUUCUGUUCUGCUCUAAAUGUUUCCAACUUCAUACAAAUCUGAAUGGAGAGGAAUGGGAAGUUACAAGUAUUAAAUGCGAGCGAUUGCCGAUGGCUGUAAAACUGCCCUGUUAAGAUGAAGUGUUAUUUCUGCACUGUCUUGUCUAAGGGGUUUUUUUUCUAUCUUUGGCAUUCUGCGAUAAUUGAACAUGUCUUAAAAUACAUGCUUUAACUUUUUCCUGGUUUUGUAUGACAUGCCUGCUAGUCUAAACACUGGACAAAAAAAAAAAAAAAAUGUUUUUCUUUCCAAAGAAAACUUGUCUAUGUCUGUGUUAAUUGUAGAAUAUUGUUUCUGAAGAGUACCAAAUCAUAAAUGUACUUUUUUGGGGGGGGGUUCUUGAUUAAUAAAAAUACUUUCUAAAUGAAAUAAAUACAAAUCUUAAUGCAUUAGAAUUAUUCAAACAAGGUUUGUCGAAUGCGUUGUUUGAAACCUGGUUUGAGCUUGAAUGUAAGUUGGCAGAUCUGCCACAAACGUGUUAAUCAAUAACUUGCAACCGCUCAAGAACUGAAUAACAAAUUUUUCAUUUGUCUGGCUUCCCAAGCUUUAGCUGCACAGGAUAUUUUGGCUAACUAAAAAAAAAAAAAAAAAAAAAAAAAUUGACAAAUAGAUGCAAAAGACAAGUUUCAAAAUUGGUGGUACUUUAUUGGUGUACACUCAGAAAAAGGUAUAAAAAUGACAUUGAGGUGGUAAUCUGUCAAAAGGUAAUAAUAUGUAUUUUUAAAGUACUAAUAUGUAUAAUUUGGAUGUUGAUAAGGAAAAAAGAUGCCACAGUGACAGCUUUGUAGCUUUUUUUUUUUAAGUGUGCACCUAGAAUAUAUUAAUGUUAAUAGCCCUCUUAGGGUUAUUAUUUUGAGUUAUAACUUAGAAUCAUGUUUUGUGUGUGUGUGUGUGUGGAGAGAGUUUUACUGAGAGACUAUGUUUCACUUAAUCACAUAAAUGCAUGCCACUUCAUUACUUGCAGAAGGCAGACACAUUUUGUUCCACACGACACAAUUCUGGCUUUAAAAAUGCAUUUGAAGCUUUAUGUGGAAUUUUGGUGUUAAACGAGCCUUCCAUCCUUUGUGGCUGUUCCCCUCUAAAAAAAAGUUGUGAAGCACCACAUAGAAUAUUGUAAAUUCUCUUUUCGCCUGACAUGAAAGGCUUUUUAAAAAGUAUUUUCCUGUGAUAAAAGUCUUUUAAAACAAA